AAUAGAAUGUGGAGAAGAUCAUUUUGUUGCACUUACUAAUGAUGGUACCAUAUUUACAAUGGGUGAUGAUACGUAUGGUUAAUGUGGAUUAGGAUCUAAUAAUAGAAGUACAGCACCACCAUUUUAUGAAUAAAGAAUUAGGAAUCCAACAAAAAUAGAAAAUUUACCAAAAGUAAAUAAAAUUAUUUGUGGAUCAAAUCAUACUUUAUGUAUUAGUACAGAAGGAUCAGUUUAUGGAUGGGGAUCAAAUUCUUAAAUGUAAUUAUCACAUUCAGAAGAAUUUUCAAGAGUUGGAGAACCAUUAAUUGCUGUUUAUAAUCCAUUAAGAAUAUCUGCUUUAAUGGAUAGUAAUAAUUAAGUAUUAGAUUUGGCUGCUGGAAAUGAAUUUAGUGUAUUUGUUACAAAAAAUAAAUAAAAUUCAGAAACUGAAGUGUUCUCUUGUGGUCACAAUAUUAGAGGAUAAUUAGGUUGUGGAUUUGUUAGACAUAUUAGUGAUAUUGUUAAAUUAGAAGGAUUAUCUAAUUUUAAAAUCAAUAUUAAUGGUAAAUAAGAAAAUGUUGAAGUUAAAUAAAUUGAAUGUGGAUAUAAUCAUUGUAUGGCACUUACAAAUGUUGGUGCUAUCUUAUAAUGGGGAGAUAAUGAAUAUGGACAAUUAGGUAAUAAAAAAAGGUAACAUUAAAUAUAAUCUUUAGGUCAUUUACUGAUAAACCUAUCGUUGUUUCAUAAUUUGUGUAAAAUAGAGUUGCAUCCAUUUCUUGUGGUAGUAAUACCAGUGGAGUAAUUAUUUAGUAAUGA